AUGGAUACGAUACAGCCGUUUUGUACCUUCAUCAACUGGAUCAUUGAGCGUGCUCCUUACUUGCAUACGGUGGCAUUGAAGGGUUAUACAAUGACCCGAUCUUCCUCAAAGGCGUUGGCAAAAUGUAUACAACUACGCCAUGUGGAUUUCGAAGUACAAGACCCACAACGACCCGAAGAUCAUCAUUUACUUGUUGCCGAAUUCCUGAGAGACCAUGUGGAUUAUACAUCGGAUAAAGGAGAAGGAUCACACUUGGAAUCCAUCGACUUACAGCUCCAUGAAGCACACCCCAUGCUCAUCAACGCCAUACCGGAAUUGAAAUGUUUGACACGUUUCCAUUUAAUCGCCACCGACCUUGAAUCUGAGCCAUUUACACAACUAUUCGAAUCAUUGCGUCAAGGAUGUCAAAGCUUGAGGAAGCUAUUUAUCAGGACCCCUGGUGCCAUACCGAACCCCAUGCUUUAUCAAAUUGGUGGUUUAUCAAAUAUAAGGCUCCUUACCAUUAUUGGCGAUUUGCAAGGCUCCCAGGCAGGUGUUUUAAGCCUACAACGUUGUCGCCAUCUGGAACGCAUCAAUCACUAUAGGCCGAUUGACGAAGAGAUUAGAUCUAUACUCCUCGAAAGUAGCCCACAUUUAGAGAUAUCGUAUCUGUAG